AUGAACUACCAAGGAUACAACGUCAAUGGUGGGGCGGGAAAUGGGUCAAAUAACUCUGGAAAUAACAAUCAGGCGGGAACACUUCCUCGAGGAUAUUCGGGAAUGUCUAUGAUUCCUCAACCAACGCUUAUGGCACUGAGUGCGAUCUUAACAAUCGGUCCAUACAAGCAUCGUAAGGACUUGACCAGAGAGUCAGUUCUAUCGAAGUACCAGAUUCUCGGAUACAUUGCGGCCGGAACGUACGGGAAGGUGUAUAAGGCCCGAUCUAAACGACCACAGGAGGGAAAGGACACCGAAUUUACCGAUGGGGACACAAAUCCUAAACAACCUUUGACGAAUAAUAAUGAUAAUUCUGGAGGGAUAACUUCUGGGGGUAAAGUUGGAACGAAUUCACAAAACUUUAAGCAUCCAAACAACCUUUACCUGAAUAAGAAUUUGGGAGGAGGAGGUGUAGUAGGUGUAGGAGGAGUUGGAGGAGUUGGAGGAGGUAAUGGUGGUAGUGGUGGAGGGAAUUUCAACGGGUCAUCAAACGUGACCCAUAAUUACCCCAAUAACACUGGAGGGACUACAAAUAAUGCAAAUUCAUCGAACAAUAAUCACCUUGGUCACACUGGCUUGAACGGACCUAACCGACAACCCAAUGCUUUGGCCAACGCAAUGCAUAUGGCAGCAAACAAUCAACCCAUUUCAUUGUCAUCAUCAUCAUCAUCUUCAUCAUCUUCAUUACCCGGUAAUAAGACAAACACAGAAGAUAAUCAACUUUUUGCUAUCAAAAAAUUCAAAAAUGAUAACCAUCUGAGCAAUAAAAAUUAUAAUCAUGAUAUAAAUGGAAAUGAAAUCAUUCAUUAUACUGGAAUAUCCCAAUCAGCUAUACGAGAAAUGUCAAUUUGUAGAGAGAUUAAUAACAAAAACAUCACCAAGACCAUUGAUAUUCUUCUUGAAAACAAAUCAAUUUAUAUUGUUUCUGAAUUUUGUGAACAUGAUUUAUUACAAAUUAUUCAUUAUCAUCUGCAUCCUGAGAUUCGUCCAAUUCCUGAAAGAACGGUAAAAUCAUUAAUUUGGCAAAUUUUGAAUGGAGUCUUGUUUUUACAUAAGAAUUGGAUCUUUCAUCGAGAUUUGAAACCCGCAAAUAUUAUGGUUACCUCUGGAGGAGUAGUUAAGAUUGGAGAUUUGGGAUUAGCUAGAAAAUUCAAUAAUCCAUUACAAAGUUUAUAUACGGGGGAUAAAGUGGUGGUUACCAUUUGGUAUAGAGCACCUGAAUUAUUACUAGGAACCAGGAAUUAUACUCCUGCAAUUGAUCUUUGGGCGGUUGGAUGUAUACUUGCAGAAUUAUUAUCAUUAAGACCAAUAUUCAAGGGAGAAGAAACAAAGAUGGAUAUGAACAAUAAAAAACUGGUUCCAUUCCAAACAAAUCAAUUUCAAAAGAUUAUAGAAAUUUUGGGAUCACCAACAUUGGAUAAUUGGCCAUCACUUAAUAAAUAUCCUGAAUAUUCAUCAUUUAAACAACAAUUACCAAAUCAAUAUAAUCCAAAUUUGGCUAAUUGGUACAAGGCAGUUGGAGGAAAUAAUCAAUUUUGUUUGGCAUUAUUGAAUGGAUUACUUGCAUAUGAUCCUAUAGAAAGAUUAACUGCAGAGAAUUCUCUUGUUCAUUCAUUUUUUUUGGAGAAACCAACAGUUAGUGAAAAUGCAUUUGAAGGAUUAACUUUUAAGUAUCCUAAACGUCGGAUUUAUACGGAUGAUAAUGAUAUUGUUUCUGGAGGACAAGUAUCGAAGAGACACGGAUUUGACGAUUCUAAAACAAGAAAGAGACAAAGAUGA